GUUGGCGCUUCCGGCGCUGCGGGAGGGCUCGCGAGGACCGUCAAGUGUGUGCGUCAGGCGUUCCUGCAUCUCUUCGCUGCCCGAGUGGCCAUCCUCGAGAAGUCUGUGGGAUUCCCUCGCUGAAUCUUAAAUAGUCUGCCCGCCCCCGGCCUGCGCCCCGGAGAGGUCCGGGUUAGGUAGAUUUCCCUGCAGGUCCUGUGCUGUUAAACCCUCGGAGCCCAAACUUUAAAAUAAAAACAAUGAAGAAGUUAAGGCUUAAGGAACUAGAGAGUCGCCUGCAGGAAGUGGAUGGAUUCGAAAAACCCAAGUUACUUCUAGAACAGUAUCCUACCAGGCCGCACAUUGCAGCAUGCAUGCUCUAUACAAUCCAUAAUACAUAUGAUGACAUUGAAAAUAAAGUGGUUGCAGAUCUAGGAUGUGGUUGUGGAGUACUUAGCAUCGGGGCUGCCAUGUUAGGAGCAGGGUUGUGUGUUGGAUUUGACAUAGAUGAAGAUGCAUUGGAAAUAUUUAAUAGGAACGUGGAAGAGUUUGAAUUAACAAGUGUUGAUAUGAUCCAGUGUGAUGUGUACUCAUUAUCAAACAGAAUGUCCAAGUUAUUUGAUACAGUAAUUAUGAAUCCUCCCUUUGGAACCAAAAAUAAUAAAGGGACAGAUAUGGCUUUUCUGAAGACUGCUUUGGAAAUGGCAAGAACAGCGGUAUAUUCUUUACACAAAUCCUCAACUAGAGAACAUAUUCAAAAGAAAGCUGCAGAAUGGAAAAUCAAAAUAGAAAUUAUUGCGGAGCUUCGAUAUGACCUGCCAGCAUUAUACAACUUUCAUAAAAAGAAAUCAGUAAGUUUCCCAAUUGUGGCCUGUGUACAUUCAGUACUCAAAAGCUUUGCAAUAACUCCUUCCACUCUUAGCAAGUUGCAUGGGUAAAUAGAAAGCCAGACUGAGAAAUCAAACAAGUUAACUGUGGAAAGAGCCCAUACUCAAAGCAGUCGAUAUUCUAGUUGAAGUUCUUUGUGAAGUUUUAAGAGAAAAAAAAA